AUGCCAGCGAACCCACCACCAACUGCUGCUGUUGCUCCAACUGUCCGUUUAGUUAUGGAGCCCUUGGUCUCGUAUAGAGUAUUUGUUGUUGGUCCUUCAACACGUUUGGCUGACAUGAUGCUGGACGACGAAGUUGUUAUCAUUAGAGUGGAAUGUAGAGUAGCACAAGCGCCAGAAGAUACAGAAGUCAGGUUUCCCACUGUAAAAGAAGAAGUUAAAGGUAUGUUACUAUAUUUUGUAUGUUAGUGUAAUUUAGGACAUUUUAUUAAUAAACUGAACUAAUUACUGUAAUAUAAGAAAAUAACUGUUAUUAUGCUUUAAAUUAAAAGUAUUUUAUGCUUACUGUGGCUCUAGCGCUAAUCAUUGAUAAAAGUCGUAAUUUACUUUUGUACACAAAAUUUCAACUGCUUCCAUUUCAGAUGCCGAAUGCAAAAUUUGCUACGAAACGGCUCCAGAAGCCGUCAAAUGUUUGCAUUGCAAGAAGUGGGUGGCUUGCGUACCAUGUGCUACAAAAUGGAUUCAAAGUCGCCGAGAAGAAAGAGCACCACAAGCUUGUCCAUGGUGUCGCGCAGAUUGGACAGAUUUAGAAAAAAGUGUCGUCAAGAACGCUUAA